AACGCAAGCCAGCCAAAGCAGCUACACCUCAUGACCACCGUCUGUCCUCGUAACUGGUAGUGCCAUUUUUUUUGCUAGUUCUCCUUUGCGAUAUUCUGCGAGCCAUGGAUUCGGACUCAGAUUCGGGCGAGGGAACUAGUGCAGUUCCUCGUGUCAACCGAUUCAAGCACCAAUCAUACAAGAAAAGUUUAAAGGAGGUCCAUCUGCCAUCUGCUCUUGACCUUACCAAGUUCGAUCAUGACAUCUCAGACAACGAAUCUCAUUUUUAUCUAGCUCUUCAACAAUGGCGACAACUCAAUCUCUCUCCAGCGUUUGUUCAGUUUGCGCACAAGGUUGACUCACUCUCAAUAUCUAUGCCCAUCCUCUUGCAUAAUUGGAAGGAGAUUGUUGAUCUGUGGAAAGGUGCUUUGGAUGCAUCAGACCAUGAAGCUUUGAAAGCUCUACUCGACCUCCUGAAUAAGCUAGCCCACGAUCUACGAACCACUCUUGCUCCGUCAUAUGCUGAUUUGCUGGAGGUCCUCUUGCGGCUUCUGCCACAACCUAUACCAGCACCAUCUCUUACAGCUCUCUUGGCGACACUGUCAGGACUAUUCAGGUAUCUUCUCGUACCGUCAAUCAAUCUCGAUCUUUUGGACCAGACGUGGUCUUCUUUUCGCGCGGUACUUCCAUCCUGCAAUUCUGACGUUCAACGCGCCGCCGCGGAGGUAUGGGGUUCCGUGCUCCGUCGGCUUAAGAGUGUUGCGAGGGAGAGAGCUGUGAUUUUGAUGGCAAAGAAUUUGGAAGGUGUCGAGGAUGCCAGCGCGUGGAUGAUGAUCUUUGCGUGCAAAUCUGUUUCCCAAACCUUGCACACCAGUGCAGGAUCAUCGAUGGCUUCUCUCAUUGACUGCCACCUAACAAGUGAUCGCCCCGAAUUGUCGUAUACGCUACUGCGGCGUGUGCUGACCGCCUUGAUUCACCACUGUAAUGGCUCGGAACACUUUUCGGUCAUCGCGAGCCUCAUCGUUGAUCGCUUCUGUGCUGUGUCGCAGGCUGAGGGCGUCAAUCACCAACAUCUUCAACGUGCCAUGCAAAUUACGUCUGUGCUCUGUGCAGUUCGUCAAGGAUCGCGAUUGUCAUCAUCCCAUCUAACACAGCUUGCAUCAAGCCUGGCAUCGCUGCCAUGUGACCUGCCUCUGCAUUCUGAGCUUUUGAUCUUUGCAACUUCACUUCUCACUGCCGGUGACAUGUCGAUGUCCGCAGGGACAGGUCGUGCGUUUGUCGCCCGGGCUCUAAGUGUCCCUUCUUUCGGCUUGAUGCUCUGCGGUGUCCUCGCAGAGCUAGGAUGGGGUGGCUGGAAGCUUGUUGGACUACCCGCUCUUCUCAAAGCAACCCCUAGUCUCCUUCAGGCGGAGCCCUCCCUCACGUUGCGUCUUCUUGCAUCUCUGCAACAUUCCGGGAAGCUGGGCGAGGUCGAUAUUGUCUGGAAGCGAAACGUCGAUACCUGGAUACAAAACCGCUUAUCUAGCUGGGAAAUUAGUGACGAUUCGGUGGAUGACUUAUACAACAUAAUGAGUCUCUCCGUAUUCGUCGACUCGUUGGCGCCCUCAUUGGUGCCCAUCAUUACACGCUCACUGAACAUGUCGACACCUGAGGCGAACUGGCAAACAUCGCAUGCCAAUGCGGCCUGGGUCAUCGGAACAUGCAUGCAAGCUUUGUCUCGAUGCAAGUCCGCAUCCUGGGAAACACAAGUGGAUUUGCCCGCCUGGACGACAGAGAUCGUGGAACACUGGUCGUGGUCCGACAAAGUAUUGAUGGGCCUAGUCGCGCUUCUCGAAACAUGCCCUUCUACAUCUCAGUCUCUUCCAAUCGCCCAAUUAUAUUCCCGUCUGCAAUCACGGUUGCUUUCCCCUUCUCGAUCACUGCGUUCAAAUGUGUUGGGACUGUUGACAUCGAAGAUGGUCAAAUCUUCUCCCGCUGAACACGAGGCGUUGAAGCGCUGUCUGCAGGGCGACGAAGUGUCCCUUGACAUGCAUGGCGUACGCGAGCGCGUUCUCCGAAUAGGCAGAUUAUACCAGGUCGUGAGAGAUGAUGAUUCACUUUCCGCUGAUAUCUGCGUUCGGUGGCUUGUUUCUCAACUGAAGGUCAACUUACGACCGAUCUGGUCCCCAGCGUCGGAAGCUCUCUCUUCUUUGGCCCAGAAGUUUGGUGACAUUGUCUGGAAUAUCGUAUUCUCCGAGCUACAACAACCCCAGGGAGCCAAUGAGACCCCUGAUUGGCUGACUGCUACCAAGGAUGAUGAGAAUGACAUGGAUCCUUGGGAAGAAGAGCGAUCUUGGAGAGACCCCACCGCACAUCGGCUUCGAGGCGCCGCUGUAAAUUGGAUAGAUAAACAUCACCACCGCAAGAUCAUUAUUUCGGAACAAAAACCGUCUGAUCGGUUCGAUCCCGUCACAUUUGAAGCUCAACUUCUCCUCACUCUCGGACAAUGCACAUCUUUGGCGGAAAAACAUAACCGCGAGUUAGUGACAUACUUCCUUUCCAUUGCAGGUCCGAAUGCACCAUCACGAUUACCGAAAUACAAGCUUCAGGCGUGGUUGACGCUGUUCAGCAAGUUUAGCAAUCCCAAGGCUCUGCACUCCACAGAUACGCUACGAGAACUGUACCGCUCUCACCUCUCCUAUCCCGAUCGGGAAUUGCAAACGGUAUCUUUAUCAUGUUUGCUCGCGUAUAAGUCGCCCCACCUCCAACAUCACGAGGAGAAACUGCGUCUACUCCUGGACGAAACUAAAUGGAGAGACGAGUUGACGUCUUUGCAUAUGUCAUCGAUAGAGAUCAAGGAUCGACCUCAAGUGGUGGACGUCAUCAUUCGUCUGCUAUAUGGACUUACGUUGGAAAAGAAGGGUCGCUCUAAAAGCGGUGAUCGCCGGGCUGCUGUGCUGACAGCAUUGGCAGGAUGCACGGACGAGGAGCUCUAUCUUCUAGUGGAUCUUAUGUUGAAACCAAUGCAGUCUGAUAGCCAUGCUCGCCAGGAUGACCUCUUCUCGCUGCGCGUUAUCUCCUCAGACGUCCCGUUGAAGCAGCAGUCUGGUUACCUGAAUUUGUUGGGUGACGUGUUGAAGAACCUCGGGUCGAGGUUAACCACGUACUGGCCGGCUUUACUCGGGACCACACUCGACCUGGUUGCCAAUGCUCAGAAGCAUUUGUCCGAUGUGACGACAGGCGAUGUAGUUGAGCAGGUGGACAACGAAGCGGACGAAGAGGAGAGCGAGUCCGGAGAGGUAUUCAAUUCCCGAGUUUUGCGUUCUCUGAGGCAACAAGGCCUCAAGCGGCUUGCCGAUUUCUUUCGCUGCCCCGUCGAAUUCGACUUCACGUCCUAUCUCUCUGCAUCAUUUCCCGCUAUUGUGUCACCGCGUCUGAAGUUAUUGGAUCAAGAAAAUACUCAAGCCCCUUCCGCACUCCUGGAAUUAUUCUUUGUCUGGACCAGUCAGGCUGAAUAUUCGGUCCACCUUGUACAACACGACUCUCGUGUGCUGCCUAAGGUUCUCGACUGCCUUGUGGCGGCUAACGUCAAGCCAGCAGUGAUCAGCAGAGUAUUCGAUAUCGUGGAGCGCCUGCUGUCGUAUUCUGCGGAUGACAGUAAAUUCUUAGAUCUGCUCGUUCAGCCCCAUAUAUCGCAGUUGCUCAAGAACCUCACAACGUUGGUCGGACGCACGAAGGCCGAUACAGCGCUUUCAAGUCCAAUCACUCAGCGCCAAAUCAGCAUACUUUCGGAGGUUGCUCGUUACGCCGGAGAUUCUACGCAGGCCUUAACUCUCCUCGGCCUUCUCUCCCCUUUACUGCGCAAGUCCAGCAGAAUCAUAUCUGAGAAAGUCAAAGUCAAACUUCUCAGCACCCUUGGACAUAUAUUCCCUCUGCUAACUGAGCUGUCAAAUACCUCCUCCGUCGAAUUCUCUAAGGCAUACGAGCUUCUUUCGCAGCUUUUUAUGUCGCUUCGCUUCACCGCUUCUCGACUCGCCCUCACUUCAGCUUUCAAUCAGCUCUCGGUGAUUAAUCCGAGCAUCCAAGAGCUUGCAAGCCUGCUUGAAUCACUCAACGCCUGCUCGCCGAAACGAAUUGAUCAACCUGACUUUAAUCGUCGGUUGACUGCGUUCAUGCUGAUCAACGAGCAAAAGUACGCUAUGCUAUCAUGCCGUGAAUGGCUUCCUGUCCUUUCGAAUGCACUUUAUUUUGUGCAGGACGCCGACGAACUGGCCAUCCGCAAUAACGCCGCUUUCACAAUCAGACGCUUCAUUGACCUUACAUGCGACCCAUCCAAUCUAGAAUUCGAAGCGCUUCUCAUGCGAACUGCCCUUCCGGCAUUGAAAAACGCCUUGAAGUCCAAGAAUGAGCUUAUCCGUGCGGAGGCUCUCGGUGUUAUCUCGUAUGCUGUGUCCAAAUGCGACAGAAUCUCUUCCCUGCAGGAGAUGUGUCCCCUCCUUGCUGGCGGUGACGAGGAAGCUAGUUUCUUCAGCAAUAUCCAUCACAUACAGAUUCAUCGUCGCACAAGAGCUUUGAGACGCCUUGCCGAGUACUGUGACGAGGGGGUCAUGCGCAGCAGAACCUUGGUUGAAGUCUUCCUUCCGCUCGUUGAGCAUUACAUUGUCCCAACGGCCUCGCUCGAUCAUCUUCUCGUCUCAGAAGCGAUCAACACGACUGGGCGCAUUGCGAAACACCUUGGGUGGAGUGCAUACUCGGCCCUUGUGUACAAGUACAUCCGGUCGUCAAAAGAAAAGACUGAAGGCGUCCGGGUUUACGUUCGUGCUUUGGUUGCGAUCCUUGAAAACUUCCACUUCUCCGUCGAAGAAGCUGUGCAACACGUCGAUACGUCCGCAGAUGACAUUGCUAACAGCGAUCACGAGGGAUUGGUAGAUGAAUCGCUGCCCAUUCCUUCAGCUGAUAGUCAGGACAAAAAAAUCGCUGACGCUGUUCACACCCGCCUUCUGCCUUCGCUUUUGGCUUACCUCUCUAAUCGCGACGAGACGGAGGACACCCUUCGCAUCCCGAUAUCGAUGGGUAUUGCCAAGGUCGCCUUGCAUUUACCCUCUGCCUCCCGAGAUCUGCAAGUAGGUAGGCUCUUGACAGCCCUCAGUCAAAUAUUGCGUAGCAAGUCGCAAGAUACUCGCGACCUCGUGCGAGAUACGAUUUGCAGAAUAGCUGUCGCGCUGGGUUCCCCUUACUUGCCUGUCCUGUUGCGGGAGCUCCGCGCAGCACUCCUGCGUGGACCGCAACUACACGUUCUAGCGUUUGUAUUCCACGCAGUGCUCACCCACGUCACGUCUGCGCAAGACAGCAAUGGCCCUGUGAUUCAAGAUUUGGAUCACUGUGUCGCCGAUAUUGCUCAUGUCUCCGCCGAAGUGAUUUUUGGAGAGUCGGGGAAGGAUGUACAGCAUGAAGACUUCCGGACGAAAAUGCGUGAAGUACGCAGCAGCUCUUCCAAGGGACUCGAUUGCUUCGGGUUGACAGCUCGGCACGUUUCGCCCAAACGCAUUAGUGCGCUCCUCCUGCCGCUGCGCUCUAUCAUCGCAGAAACGGGUUCUUUGAAGACACUCCAGCAGGUUGACGAAGUUCUCAGACGUAUUGCCAGCGGACUCAAUAGCAAUGCAAGGCUCACACCUGCUGAAUUAUUGGUUCUGUGCCACACCCUGAUCAGUCAGAAUGCCAAGUUCUUACAGGAAGCUCCGAAGCCCAAAGCGACCAAGUCUAGUAAAAAAGCUGAUGCUAUCGUCCAGCGGCAACGCCAAAUAGUCACGGAUACCGACCAUUAUACAAAUAAUUCCUUCCGUUUCGUCGUCUUCGGUUUGGAGCUCUUCAAUACCGCAUUCCGACGCUCUCGAUUUGACUUUAAGGACAAACAAAUUAUCAGUCGCUUGGAUCCGCUUGUAAAGCUCAUCGGAAAUGCUCUUUAUUCAUCCUCGGAACCAGUCCUUAUUGCUUCUUUCAAGGCUUCGGCCAGCAUCCUGCAAUGUCCACUCAAGUCAGUCUCGUCGUCUGCACCAGUUAUUGCCCGCCAAAUACUCGCGGUUGUCCGUUCUACUGGUAGCGGGGAGUCCGAAGUUGCUCAGGCUGGUCUCAAGGCUCUGGCAAGUAUACUACGAGAGUGUGAAGCCGCUCAGGUCAAAGAGAAAGAUCUGCUCUUCCUGAUUGAAUUUGUUUCACCAUAUCUGGAGGAUCCCGACAGGCAGGGCACCGUUUUUGCGUUACUGAGAGCUAUUGUGGCACGACGGCUGAUUGUACCUGAGCUUUACGACGUUAUGGCUGACGUCUCCGCUAUCUUGGUCACAUCACAAGCGGCACAGACCCGCGAGUCUGCCCGGUCUCUUCUCCUUCAAUUUCUCCUCGACUAUCCGCAAGGCUCUGGAAGACUGCAGACCACACUCGGCUUCUUUGCUCGAAAUCUUUCGUAUGAACAUGCAUCAGGACGUUCAAGUGUUCUCGAGCUCUUAGGCGCGCUCGUGAACAAAUUCGACUCUGUGUUGCUGGCAAAGCACGCGGAGAUGAUCUUCAUUGCCCUUGUACUCUGUCUUGCUAACGAUGAGGACAAGUCUUGCAGAGAAGCUUCUGCAUCGGUCCUUCAAAGCUUGGUCAAAAGGUUGGGAGAGGACGAGAGAAAAAUAUUUGUUGGCCAUCUGCAUGCGUGGGCCAGUCAAGAAGGACAGGGAAAACUUAGGGCAGUUGCAGUGCAAGUAUACGGGCUCAUCAUCGACGCUUUGCAACGAGAAGCUUCCCCGCAUGCCGCUGCCCUGUUCGCCGAUGUUCAACAGAUCUUGGACGAUAGUAUUCGAACGCUGACCCUGUCAGAUGGCGAUGGAGAAGACAUGGAUGUUGAUGUGGAAUGGCAACCACCGUACCAGGCAAUGCUCGCUGUCUCGAAGCUCCUGCAGACCUUGCCUGAGCAUACGCUGGAUGCGGUGAAAAGCACCCAGGACAAACUCGUCCCAUAUCUCCUCUUUCCGCACGCUUGGGUGCGCUCAGCAGCUUGUCGGUUGUUGGGCGUGUUCUUCGCAUUUUAUGGCCCCACCCCCACUCUCGAGAGUUCGCAUCUUACCCUCCAGCUGAUGAAAGAUAUCGCAGAGAAGCUAUGCUCACAGCUGAAGAGCCCCCAUCUCGACGCACCACUUGGUCUACAGAUUGUGAAGAACCUAUUCUUCGUCGGAAAAUUGUUCUGUACUGUCCCGUCUUCCUCGCCCUUCGGGAGUAACACCAACAACACAACCGAAGGAGCUGAGGGGGACUCGGAUGGCAAUGAGAGCGAUGAUUCUGCAGAACAACCUUCGCGAAUGAGCCGAGGAAAACGCUCUCAGGAUCCUCUACCUUGGCUCUUCUCCAAGCUAUCGUAUCAAGCUCGCUCAUGCCACAUCGCACGGCGGAAUCGUGGCAAUACCUCUAAUCAACCAACCUGGUCGCUCGCUCCUUUGUCUAUUCUGCGUUUCUUCGCUGCUAUGGCGUCUCACAUGGAGAGCAGUCAACUCGAGCGGUUCUUGCCACACAUACUUACACCCGUCUAUCGAAUCACGGAGGACGAUACAAUUCGGGAUGCCGGAAUGGAGGAGCUGAAAGUUACGGCCACCGAGCUUCUCGACUUGCUUCAGAACAAAGUUGGCACGACGACUUUUGCCAAUACGUACAACCGCAUCAGGCAGGGCGCAUCCAACAUUCAACAAGAAAGACGAGUGGCGCGGGCCACGAAGGCGACUACCAACCCAGAAGCUACCGCCAAACGCAAAUUAGCUCGAAAUGUGGGCAAGAAGGAGAGCCGGAAGAGAAAGAACCGUGCCUUUGCUGACAGUAGAGGGAGGCUAAAGAGACAAAAAGAGGGAGAGUAGCAUCGACGCUUCGUUCAUCCGGGUGGUCUUUAACUUAUCAUAAGUUCCUUACAUUGUUGCAAAUAACACUCGAUUGAGUUGCUUUUUCUUUCUUUCUGCCUGUUUGUGGAAGCCA